AGCGAACCAAGUUAAUUCCGUUUCCGACUCGCACUCCACAGUCGAUAAAAAGCUUUCGUGCGAGACAGACGUGCAUAACGCAGUAGCGAUUUUUAAUUCGAACCAAAACCAAAAUCCAAACCAACUGCAAACUGCAACUUUGGCGCGACUUUUCGCGAAGUGAACGAGCUGAAAGCCAAGCGAAAUUAAAUGUGAAAAACAAGUGUGCAUGGCAGGCGGCAGAGAAAGAGAGAAAUAAGGUGCAUAUGUGCAGCAAGUGUAACGAUACCCAAUACCCGGGCUAAAGCUGUAGAAAAAAUAAUAAAAAACACAAAAGAAACAACAACAAAUAAUACCCCUUAGUGGCCAGCAGCCAUGUCUACGAAACUGGAGCAGCAGCACUCGAAGCCCAUUCUGAGUCCAACUCGAUCCCUGGACGAAGGUUUCGAAAGUGAUCCGGAUCGGGUUUCCACCGAUUCGGAGCAUCAGACAAGUGGAACCACUAGCACCAGCACUUGCAACAACAGCAAUGCAGCCAAUACGGUCAGCAACAACAAUGCCAGCAAGCUGGCGCAGCUUAGUUCGGCGGCAACUGGGGGCGCCACUAAGACGACGUCCGGAGCGACUGCUUCCAGCCCCUCAAUGGUGAACUCCGGAAAUGUCAGGGGCGCACUCACUUUGGCCGCCCCCCAGCUGCAGAGGCGGGAAUUCUUUGCCAAGGAUCAGGGGAAACUAAGGCAUCAAGCACCCCCACAACAGCCACGCCUCCAGUACCAAAAACAACGACAGCCCCUCGUUCCCAGUGCCGCCUCCAGUGUCCACAAUCACCGGUUAACCGCGUCGAUGCAGCAGGGAUCUUCGGGAUUGGGCAACAGUAGCCUGGGAACCGGAACUGGCACUGCUAACUACCGGCGCGGACGUCGGCUCCACGUAAAUCCACCUCGAAACGGCAUUAGAUCCCAUUCGGUGGACGCCAUUUCGCGGCACAAUCGCCACGGCUACGAUCCCAGUAGCUUGAUCCUGAAGCACGACGGAAAUGGCAAUAUAAGCAGCAGCAAUGCCGGUGCCACCGCCACCCGUAUGCUGAACUACAAGUCACCGGGCGGAGGCACUGCAGCCGGGGCACCGGCAGCCGGACAGGCUCUACUCGUCCAACCGAUUUCUAGUGCCACCCUAUCUCCGCUGGUGGCAGCCGGCGUGGUCGAUGUGGUCGAGGGCGGCGGCUCCUCGCCGGUCAUCGCCUCGGCCACCCACAGCCUGUAUACCUUCUAUCCGGCGGAGGGGAAUCUCCAGGUGUGGCAGACGGAGUGCGGCGACCUCACCUACAAGUCCUCCCGAAAUAUGCAUCAACUCCACAAGGCACCCGUGUGCUGGACGCAGUCCAUUCCCAGGCAGGCCAGAAGAUACAUAACUCCGGCAGCAGCCGCCAAUGCAACGGCAACCGCAUCAACCUCAGCGGCAGGAGGCGUGGGUGCCACUAACUUGGCGGUUUAUCCCACAGCCACCGCCCAGGUUUAUCGCUCAAACAACGGCCUGGAUGUUCUGGACUGCGCUGGACUGGAGCAUCACAAUGCGGCCACCACUUCCGGUCACUCAGGCAGCGGCUUCUCCCAGCGCCUCAGGGAACUGGCCGCCUCCGCCGGACUGCUCUCCCUGAAGCCCCGCCAGCCCCUCAAGCCGGUGAUCAAGAUGCGUGGCUCGCCCGGACCGGAGUUCCCCAAGAAGGUCACCUUCAGUGCCUUUGCCACCGUGCAGGUGGUGUGAAGGGCGUGAACAGUGGGUCUAGCAUCUGUAGCAUCUGUGCAGGCACAGAGCAAGUUUCAUCUUGCACUUGUUAACGAUUAUUUGUUGUUGUUUUUAUAUUUGUUGCUGUUGUUAAAUGUUUAGCCAAAACUAUGGGAACCAUACACGGAGAAAAAUUCCUUAAAACAUUAAAAAAAAAAAACAUAAUAAAUUGUUGUGCCAUGUCUGUGGCUUGAAAUAAAAAUGAAAACCAUAUAGAAAUGAAUAAAACGCCCCAUAGCUAA